AUGACUAUGUUCAAUUCGUCAACGACGGGCCCUGAAGUGGUCGCUGCCUUCGCUGAUCGCGUCGCUGGGAAGACUUUCGUGAUCACUGGCGCCAGCCAUGGCGGGCUUGGAGGGCACACAGCCCUAUACCUGGCCUCUGGGAAGCCAGCCGAGAUUAUUCUCCUUGGGCGCUCCUUAGACAAAGUCUCUCCCAUUAUGAGCCAAAUCCAGGAAACUAGCGCGAAGACCACUGUGCGGUUCGUCGAAGUCGACCUUUCAUCUCUCUCAUCAGUGCGAGCAGCAGCAGCAGAGAUAAAGUCAACCACUUCAAAAAUCGAUGUUCUCAUUAAUAACGCGGGGAUUAUGGGUGCCAAAUUUUCUCUGACGCCCGAAAACGUGGAGAGCCAUUUCGGUACAAACCAUAUUGGCCAUUUUCUGCUAACCAACCUCCUCCUUCCGGCACUCGAAGCUUCUGGCAGCGGUGCCCGGAUUAUCAAUGUCUCGAGUGCCAUGUAUCAAUUCAGUCCGAUUCGUUUCGAGGAUUACAGUUUUUCCAACGGCACAGCCUACAAUGCUUGGGAGGCGUACGGGCAGUCUAAGACGGCGAAUAUCUUGUUCUCUGUUGCAUUGGCAAAGAAACUUGCGAAGAAGGGCAUAAAGAGCUAUUCCUUGCAUCCUGGAGUUAUUCAAGCAACUGGUCUGACCGCCGGGGUAGACCCAGCUGCUUGGCCUAUUGUGGGACCUAUGUUCGAAAGCAAGAAAAUACAAAUGCCGAAGGAGAAAACCGUCGAGGAGGGUUGCGCGACUACACUUGCUGCUGCCUUGGAUCCGGCCCUUGAUGAAUAUUCAGGGUCAUUCUUGGAUGAUUGUAAACCGCACGAGGUACUGGAAUAUGCCUCUAAUUCUUCCAAUGCGGAGAAGUUGUGGACAUUGAGCGAGAAAAUUGUAGGAGAAACCUUCUCGUACUAA